AUGAGUUCAUCAACAGAGGCUGAGAGUGACUCAAGUGACUCAAGUGAUGGAAAUAUUAAUGUUGCUGCCGAGAAGCGGAAGUUAAGGAAAAAGAGACGCAACCGGAAUGUGGCUGUUCUUUUUGGUUUCUACCUGCAUGCUAGAAAAUAUCUUAACAAAAGGAAGAGGAGGGAGCAUAGGUGCACCGGUCAGCAGUGGACCUAUGAUACUUUGGGCUCUACAGAAGACUGUUAUGAAAUGUAUAGGAUGACCAGGCCUUGUUUUGAUGCUUUGCAUGACAGGUUGGCAGAACAUUAUGGUUCGAAGGGGACAAAGUUUAUGUGUUCUGAAGAGGCUCUUGCAAUGUUUCUAUGGACUGUUGGUGGCCCCCAAUCUGUGAGCCAAGUGCACAAUCGCUUCCAUAGAUCAACUGACACCAUCCACAGGAAGUUCAACCAUGUGUUGGCAUGCUUGAAUAGAAUGGCAGGAGACAUCAUAAGGCCCUUCGAUCGCAAAUUCAGAACCAUGCAUGACAGGCUUCGUGACUCUAGGUUUUAUCCACACUUCAACAAUUGCAUUGGUGCAAUCGAUGGUACGCAUAUACCGGUUGUUGUGCCAGCUGAUGAGAUGAUUAACCAUGUUGGUCGCCAUGGGUAUGCCACUCAGAAUGUCAUGGCAGUAUGUGACUUCGACAUGCGAUUCACCUCUAUAGUAGCCGGGUGGCCAGGUUCUGCACAUGACACAAGGAUAUUCAGAGACACACUUGACAAGUACAAGAAGAGAUUUCCACACCCUCCAGCAGGCAAAUAUUAUCUUGUCGAUUCUGGCUAUCCCAAUGACACCGGCUAUCUUGCACCAUACAGAGGACAAAAAUAUCAUUUACCUGAGUUCCGCAUGGGCCGACCACCAAGUGUAAAGAAGCAAACCAAGAUUAUCAUCGCUUGCAUGGCACUUCAUAACUUCAUUAGAGAGAGUGAGAUAUUCGAUGAGGAUUUUGAUAAGUGUGACCGUGAUGAGGACUACAUGCCACCAGGGCAUGUGGUUGUCACAAAUGGGUGGAACCAUGAGGGACAAGGCAAUGUGAACAUGAAUGCCACUCGUGAAGCUAUUGCGGAUGGACUGAUGGCCGAUAGGGAAUAA